AACUCUUGCCACAGACAGAAGCAUAACAAAAAAGGGGCGACCAACAACUAACAAAAAUACAACAGCAGUUUUUGGGGUGAGAGAACAAGCCCAACCAAAGAGCGAACUGUCAGAAUGGACAAAAGCAGGCAUGAAUGAAGUUGAGCAUAGAGAGCGAACGCAUGCUACAGGGCUGCUCGGCUGGUUGUACAAUAUGCUUGACUGCAGCUGCGGAAGAGAAUGAGCAUAAAAUUAUCGAUUUUGUCGAAACGAAACAUAAAACGAGAGAGGGCAGAUCCAGACAGCCGAAAACAUCAUCAGGCAACUAGACCAGGCAAGAUAUUCUGAAUCCUAACGCCGUAUAGUGAGAGAGAAGCAUCAUCCGAAGUACAAUGUUAUUGCGCUCCUCGCCAUCGUCGUUGUCGUCGUCGUCGCCUACUGCGGAUUUUGUGUGAUAUUCAAAAUGUCUACCCCUGCGGAGGACAGAUAGAACAGGGAAAAACUAGCCUUUCUGAAUGGUCGGUGUCGUUGAAUUGCCCUGCCCAAACUUCCGGUGCAUUGUGGAACGCAGAGGAUGGUUUGAAGCCCGUUUCAAGACGAUCCAACAGAAGUGAAACAGUGAGGCGUUAAGCAAUCCGGAUUUCACGGGAACCGCUUCCGCCGCGUCCUCCGUCGUUGUCGUGUCGUUUUUGCGUGUGUUCUGUGAAUUUUUGGUUUUUUACUGUGUACCAUGUGCGUGUGUCCAAAAAUCUUGGUUGACCAGACCCUGGGAUCGGUGUGAAGUUCAUCUAAAAUAUAGAAAAGGAUAGUUCCACAAAGGGAAAGGUCAUUGAAUGCUGUAAAAAUGGGAACCACAAGAGGCAGAGCCUACUUUUAUGAGGAAAUUGUGUAAAAAGUUUCCUUUGAGAACGUUUGUCCACGGAAUUCCGGAUUACAAGUCGCUUGCAAUUUGGUGCAUUGCUCUCAAAUCAGUUCUGUGUGUGCAUCUUACGAUAGUGAUCGAAUGAAAUGAUGGUGCAUUAUAGGUGUCCUGUAACAUAAUCCGGCUAGAAGUUUAGCCGCAGUCGUUCCAAUUGGCAUUUGAUGCAAUCAAGUUCUACCAAAAAUCAGUGAUAGUGGCAGUGGUUUUUCCAAAAAUCGAAUAAGAAUCUCAUGUGAGUGAAGCUUAAUAGCCGUAGCCAAGAAAGCAUGUAAAUAUUCCAAGAAGCGAAAGCAAAAAUAAAAAAUCAAUAUUUACUACAUCAAAAUCUGUGAGGAGCGACACGAGAGUAACAACGAGAAGAAGGAAGCAAAAAAGGAGAAGAGAUCGAGAGGGCCGUGUCAAAGACGAGUGAGAAAUACGCAACCGACAAAACAGAGAAGAUCGAGUGCAUGGAGGAAGAAUCGAAUGAAUAGCGAAGACGGAGGGAAACAAACAGGCGUGGGUUGAUAAGAGGAGGGCUAUUUCUGCCGAACCGAAGAAGAGAUUGAGAGUGUGUGGAGAAGGAAGGAAUGCGACAAAAGUUCUGUGAUUAAUGAUAGUGAAAGCAGAAUCAGAUCACAAAGAGAAAAUAAUCCAGAGCCCAGAAGCAAGUUCUGAAUUUGUGGUCGCCGCUAGCCACGCACUUACCUAUAAGUGAAGUUUGUUGGAAUUUCAAAUUCGCGGUGAAGGUUCGGUUCUGUGCUCAAUGAAAGUCAUCAGUGCAUUUGUGAGUGUCAUGCAGUCGGUGCAAAAUUUCAAUUGAUUUGUGAGAUUGUUCCGUAAUUGGUCGUCCAGUACGCAGCGGUGAGAAGCUGUCGACCGGACAAGUUUUUAAUCCCUCCUGACAUUAGAUGUGUGUGAGCGGUAAAGUGACGGCAUGAGAUAACGCAGCGGAAGCUUAAUCCAACGAGAUUUAUUGAUUACUGAAAGUCGGGAGAUCAGAAAGAUUACAUUGUGUAUCAUUCCAGUAGUUACAACCUGACGAGCAGCAUUCCUGCAUCCUUUAGGAUUCAUCUAAAGAUCGUCAGUUUCAAGUGCUCCUAAUUGUGUUCCGUUGAAAAUUGAAUCCAAUAAUAAUCUCCAUAAAAAGAUCGACUCGAACAGUCAUCGUGUGUAGGAAACCGUAAACUUUGACACAGUGCUUCGUCGAUCCAGAAAGAAUCCCGGCUAUAAAACCGUGAAGUGGUCAAUUCCGUCUAGGUGUGAAACCGUACCCGAAGAAGAAUUCAAACAAUGACGUGCUAAUUGUACGGUAUGUGGUGGAUCAUAAAGUGAAGUGUGAAAAUCGUUGUGAAUUCGUGGGGCAUCCCUUACAACACCCGCCCCCACGUGCACGCAAAGGUGCUAAUUCGGAAAGGUCCAAAAGGGUGCACCGCUCGUACUCUCCGGGAAGAAGCGUUUUGUGCGAGCCUUCACCAUGCUGUCGUCGGAGAGGUGCCAUCGGCGGCUGCUAUUUGGGCAGACCGUUGCAUUCGUUGUUGUAACCGUGUUUGUUGUUGGAAACUUAUGUGCCUGGCAGGAAAACGUCCGACCGAAGCUCUACGUAUCAUUAGCCGACGAGGAAUACCUGAGGUUUCAGGGAAACGAAUCGAUGAUCGACUACUUCAAGCUGGUUCUGCGGGAUGCCACCAGCAAUAGCCUUUUAGUGGGAGCAAGAAACAUUGUGUACAAUCUCAGCAUAUACGAUCUAAGCGAGCAGACCCGGUUAGUGUGGUACUCAUCGGAGGAUGACAUCAAGAUGUGUGUGAUGAAGGGGAAAGACGAGGAUCUGUGCCAAAAUUAUAUUCGCGUACUGGCACUUCCCACACCUGGGACGUUGCUCGGCUGUGGCACCAAUGCGUUCCGUCCGAUGUGCCGGAUGUACGGAAUCAACGGAAACAGCUACUCAAUUGAAUCGGAGAAACCCGGUCAAGCCGUGUGUCCCUACGAUCCGGCCCACAACUCGACGGCUGUUUUUGUCGAUAACGAACUCUAUUCCGGAACGGUGGCUGACUUCAGCGGUCUUGACCCAAUUAUCUACCGGGAACCAUUGCAGACCGAGCAGUACGACAGUUUGAGCCUCAACGCACCCAACUUCGUCGGAUCGUUCACGCAGGGCGACUUUGUCUACUUCUUCUUCCGCGAGACGGCCGUCGAAUUCAUCAACUGCGGAAAGGCCGUCGUCAGCAGAGUGGCACGAGUUUGCAAAUGGGAUAAAGGUGGGCCCCAUCGGUACAAAAAUCGGUGGACGACCUAUCUGAAGUCGCGGCUGAACUGCUCUAUGCCGGGCGAUUUUCCCUUCUAUUUCGAUGAAAUCCAAUCAACUAGCAGCCUGGUCGAAGGACGUUACGGCAACGGAAACUCCAAGCUAAUCUACUCCGUUUUCUCGACAUCAACCAAUGCGAUAGCAGGAUCGGCGAUAUGCGCAUUCUCGUUACAGGAUAUCGCCGACACGUUUGAAGGCAACUUCAAGGAGCAGAGUGGAUUAAACUCUAAUUGGCUACCUGUUAACCCAUCGAAGGUACCGGAUCCACGUCCUGGCUCGUGUCACAACGAUUCACGAACCCUGCCGGAUCUAACACUCAACUUCAAAAAGACACAUUCGCUGAUGGAUGAAAAUGUGCCAACGUUUUUCGGUUCACCGAUUUUGACCCGAGUCAGCACGGUCUAUCGAUUCACCGCCAUCGCCGUCGAUCCGCAAAUUAAAACUCCCGGCGGGAAAACCUACGAUGUGAUAUUCGUCGGAACAGACCACGGAAAAAUCAUCAAAACGGUGAAUGCAGAAUCAGCCGACUCCAACAAGAAGGUCACCUCGGUUGUCAUCGAGGAGAUCGAUGCUCUUCCAACUAGUGAACCGGUGCGGAGCUUGGAAAUCGUUAGAACCAUGCAAUACGACACGCCAAAGGACGGAAGUUAUGAUGAUGGAAAAUUAAUUAUAGUCACCGAUACAACCGUGAUAGCGAUUAAAUUACACCGCUGCAGCAGUGAAAAGAUAACCAGUUGCAGUGAGUGCGUGGCGCUGCAGGAUCCGUACUGUGCCUGGGACAAAAUUGCGGGCAAAUGCCGAUCACAUGGGGCUCCCCGGUGGUCGGAAGAGAACUACUUCUACCAGAGUGUUGCCACCGGAGAUCACGCUGCCUGUCCGUCCGGGAAGAUGCCCAAGGAUGGCAACGCGGAGAAGCAAGGUUACAGAGGUGACAUUGAUUACGAUCCUCAAAGACCCAGCAAAGAUCAACCCGGCAACGACAUGAUCAGCAUAAUGCAGGAUAAGAGCGGCUACGACGAUAAGGGACCGCAAAUAACUCCAGAUCUGAUAAAUGCUCAAUACACGGUGGAAACGCUGGUCAUGGCUGUGCUAGCUGGUGCCAUUUUCGCCCUGUUGGUGGGAUUCAUCACCGGUUACUUCUGCGGCCGGAGAUGCCACAAGGAUGAGGACGACAACCUGCCAUAUCCUGAUACGGAAUAUGAGUACUUCGAACAGCGACAGAACGUUAAUCGGAUACAAACCGAACCGAAGCUCCUUCCACAGGUCGAAGAAGUGACCUACGCUGAACCCGUACUAUUACCUCAGCCAUCUAGUCAGAAUAAGAUGCAGCAUUCGCCAAAAAAUACGUUAAGGAAACCGAUGGGUCACCACCACGGUGUCAACUCGGAAACUCUUUUCCAGUUCCAGCCAGAUGGCUAUAGCGCUCGGGACAACUACCGGGGUCGCGACAACUUUGGUACCCUCCGAUCCCACCAAGGUGAUAAUUAUCGUCGCGGUGACGGAUUCUCAACAACGAGAAGCGUGAAAAAAGUGUAUCUCUGAGACGGGAACGGGGCGGCUGAGACCAGCCAGGGACUGAUCAAUCAAAAUAUGGUCCUUAAUAACAACACUCGUAACAGAAGUCUCGGCCGAAUGAAAAGGCAGCCGCCCCGGCAUGGCAUAGUAACGCAACAUCGUUCCGAUAGUCCACAGAAUUCCAGUUCCGGAUCUUCCCCAGUCAUGUCCAACAGUAGUUCUAGUCCGGCGCCUCCCUCGAGCAGUCCUAGUCCACAAGAGAGCCCAAAAAACUGUAGUUAUAUUUAUAGAGAUUGAUUAUUAAAUAAACCCCCGCCACCACUGCGACCCCCGCAUCAUCAUCAAAGCAGAAGCAGCAGAAGCAGCUACAACAGACCCGUCGCCCCAUUCCAGCACGAAGAUAGCGAAGAGGCAUCAACAGCAGCGGCAGCAGCGAUGACAACGGUUAUUCUACGCAACAGAAACAGCCACAGCAGUGACACCAACAACAGAAAACUGAAUCGUCUUUCAACUUCGUCCUCACUUUCGAUCAUUACACCACCCACAACUCCAAAACGUCCGGUCGGAGGUCGCCUCAAAAUGGCGCUUAGCCUCUCGUUGGCACACAAUUUCAACCAAAAGCUGGCCAACCUCAACGAUAAAUGGAACGACUUCAGCUUCAUGCUGAAAAGCAAUACGGUCAAGAGCACAACGCGAAACGAUUCGUACCACUCGAUUGAAUCGGCCGUAACCUGUACAGCUGCAGAUCUGGAGGCCGGUAAUCUGAGUGGCGGCGGACGUUUCGACGAAGAGGAGCAGGAGCGAAGAAGACGACGUCACAAGAAGGGAGAUGGCAGUGGCAAUAGUGGGCUAUGGAACAGUGGCGGCAGCAGACAGUCGCAGCAGAAACCUUACGAGCGACACAGAACAAGCAGAAUGUCACCGCGCCGCAACAGUGCCAGCGGGGACCCCAAGGAGUUCGACAUGUUAGUACUCAAAACUACGGAAAAUUUAGAGGAUAAUGAAAGUUUUUAAACACAUGGCUUCCAUUGCGGUUCAGUUGAUUUUGGCUUUUGCUGAAGCUUUUGCUGCGCAUUUCUUUGUGUCGUUGCAGCAAAUAUAUUGACCGGUUGGUCUAAAACAGGCACAAACGACAACCUCAAGCGAUGAGAAACCAGAGUCACAACAAUGGGAAUGCUUAUCAUAAAAAAAAACUAGGAGAGAUAAUUUAAUCGCUUUCAUUCACUAUUAACCAACCAUUAAGCAACAAUUAGGGUAUAUGCAUCCGCCUAAGUUUAGAGCAUUUAAAAAGCUACGCAAAAAGACACGCAUCCAUAACAACUGAUGUUAAAAAACGGAAAGAUCUGGUGGGAGUAACGCAGAAUACUCGGGUGUACAUACGAUAUACAGUGCAUAUAUAUUAUAAUCUUCAAACUAUUAGGGAUUUUUGCAUCAGAAAUAGUCUUGCAGUGUGUUACGAGUUACACUGCGUGUUGUAAUUGCUGAAUAAGCAGAACACUAUAUAGAAACACAUUUUGCUGCAGUAUUAAAAAAGAGAACAUAAUCUUAUACAAAUAGGGAAGAAAACCAAAACGAGUUCGAUGAGAAGCCGUGCCGCCGUGAACGAGCCAAAUCCUCAAACGCUGAGUAGGUAUGCUUCAUCACAGUAAGUACAUUAAACGUCAUCAUCUCAUUUAGAGUUACUUUUGAUUUCGUCCGAUUUCGUCAAACUCCUCCGUUCAUGCCAAACCGUAACGAAUACUGAUUUCAUUGUAAAAAGAGUAAAAAUCUCUUUUGGGUCGUGGAUCAUAGAACAUUUACAUUGGUGUCACAUUCUUAAUGGAGUCACCUGUGAGUUAUAAUCUUCAGAAGCACUAUAAAUUUUAAUUGAUGAUUGAAUUCUUUUCAAAUUCUUGCAGUCUCAGACACACAUAUUCGUUUACUAAAUAUGCACAUUUCCACGAUUUGGACUCCUUUAUAGUCAGUUUUGUGCGACCUUAAGUCUGUUGAAAUCUUGUUUUGACCAACACGUUUUUCGUGAUAUCAAAUAAUUGUUCAUGAUUCACCAUCCCAAAAAGUUUAUAUAUCCUAAUACUCUCACGAUAACAAAUUUCAUGCUGAUUUAUACAUUUUGUGGCAAAAGUGAUGCCGAGCAAUUAUUUAGAUAUUAGGCCAGGGACUAGGACAUUAUUCAAUCCGAACCAAUUUCAUGAAAAAAAGUCGAUCUGAACAUUAGUUAAUAUUUUUUCAAAUGUUAUGUUUGGUUGUUACAUUAGUUUCUUAGUUCUGCGAACAAAAAUACUGGGAGAUGAUUUUUAUUUCUACCUUAAGUGAAUUCCUUCUGAUAAGAGAGAUCGUUUAGUCUGAUUUAUGGCUUCAAAUUGUGCACCAGUCGGAGUAUGUAAAAUAUGUAUCGAAAAGAAAUGAAUUGCUGGCAACGUGCAAGAGUGAAUUUAGUUUAUCGAAUUUUUCUAGGCACUUUUGGUUUUGUAAUGGUUUUAAUUUUUACUUUGUUUGGUUAUUCAGCGCAGACUGUGUCAAACCGUAGUAAUAGGUAUAAUUUUCGAUUCAAUAUAUUUAUUUUUAUAUA